UCCCUGCUGUACAAAUUUGGAAAACAAAAUUUCUCGAAUCCUUCGAGAGAAGUCGCUCCCCAGGAGCUCAUUUUUGUUUGAUGUAGCUUCACUUUCGUGAAACUAAAUCGCAAAAAUGGAGUCGAGGGGGAACAGGAACAUUCGUAUCAACAUGAUGGAGGGGGUCGGGGCAAGGGUUACUAGAGGACUCGACUGGAAAUGGGGAAAACAAGACGGUGGAGAGGGGCAUGUCGGAACGGUUCGCUCCUUCGAGUCGCCCGAAGAAGUGGUGGUGGUGUGGGACAAUGGUACGGCGGCGAACUACCGCUGCGCUGGGGCCUACGAUCUACGCAUCCUGGACAGUGCACCGACUGGAAUCAAGCAUGAUGGCUCCAUGUGUGACACAUGCCGUAUGCAACCUAUAUAUGGCAUGCGUUGGAAGUGUGCUGAGUGUCCGAACUAUGACCUUUGCUCCGUCUGUUACCAUGGUGAUAAACAUCAUCUCAGACAUCGUUUCUACCGCAUCAACACACCAAACAGUGAAAGGGUUGUGCUGGAACCACGUCGCAAGAGCAAGAAGAUCAUGGCCAGAGGUAUCUAUCCAGGCGCCCGGGUAGUCCGUGGUGUUGACUGGGAGUGGGAGGACCAAGAUGGCGGCAUGUCGCGACGAGGAAAGGUCACUGAGGUCCAGGAUUGGAGCGCCACAAGCCCCCGCAGCGCCGCCUACGUCAUCUGGGAUAAUGGAGCAAAGAACCUCUACAGAGUUGGAUAUGAGGGAAUGAGUGACUUGAAGGUUGUGAGCGAUGCUAAAGGAGGCUACUUCUACAGAGAUCAUCUCCCGAACCUAGGCGAGCAAGGACCAGGUAGUCGUGGAGUACAUGGGCUGUUCUCGCUUGGAGACCAGGUGAAUGUGGACCUGGAACUGGAGAUAGUCCAGACCUUGCAGCAUGGCCACGGGGGAUGGACCGAUGGAAUGUUUGAGACGCUGGGCACUACUGGGACUGUCGUUGGCAUUGAUGAAGACCAUGAUGUGGUGGUUUCCUAUCCUAGUGGUAACAGGUGGACAUUCAAUCCAGCCGUCUUGACCAAGGUCAACCCUACGACCGCAGCCAACCUGACGGUGCGGACCAACGACCCUGCCGUGGCUUCUCAGUUCCAGAUUGGAGACCUGGUCCAGAUCUGCAGUGACCUGGAACGGAUGAAGAUCCUACAACGGGGCCACGGAGAAUGGGCAGAGGCUAUGCUUCCCACUUUGGGGAAGAUUGGUCGUGUUCAGCAGAUUUACCAUGACAACGAUCUGAAGGUAGAGGUGUGUGGAACGUCAUGGACCUAUAAUCCCACAGCUGUUACUAAAGUCGCCUCAGACUCCGCAGGAUUAGGAAACUCCUCAGAGAGACUCUCUGCCCUGCUGAAGAAGCUGUUUGAGACCCACAUCAGUGGGGAUGUCAAUGAGGAGCUGGUCAAGGCAGCGGCUAACGGUGACGCCCACAAGUGUGAGGAGAUCAUGCAAAGGCCUGAAGCAAACGUCAAUGUCCAGUUUGCUGGUCACACAGCGCUCCAGGCAGCUAGUCAGAAUGGCCACGGAGAUGUCUUGAAGGUUCUCAUCCGACACAAUGCUGAUAUGGAAGUAGAGGAUAAAGAUGGUGACCGUGCUAUUCAUCACGCGGCCUUCGGUGACGAGCCUCAUGUCAUUGAACUCCUCCACGAAGAGAGUGCUGACCUCAACGCUCGUAACAAACGCCGCCAGACGGCCCUCCACAUAGGGGUCAACAAGGGUCACUAUGGGGUCGUCAAGAUACUGCUGGAACUGGCCUGCCACCCAAGUCUCCAGGAUUCAGAAGGAGACACGCCCCUGCAUGAUGCGAUCAGUAAGAAACGAGACGACAUCCUCUCUCUUUUGUUAGACCAUAACGCUGACAUCUGUGUGACCAACAACAAUGGCUUCAAUGCUCUCCAUCAUGCUGCUCUCCGAGGAAAUCCAAGGUGGGUCUUUCUUUGCUUCUUACCACUCCCUGACCAUAGACUAUUUUCAAAAUAUACCGGUACUCAAAUUUAUACAUAUUUUAUCUAGCAAUGAGCUACUACAUUGACCUGUUAUAUAUCAUUGUAUCUCAAUAGUUGAAUGCAAAUUACUGUAUAUGCUGGCCUUAAUGCCGCAGCGCCGUAUAGGCUGCACCCCUGAUUUUGACAUUUCUUAGACCCCCAAAACCCC